GGAGUCCAGCCCCGCGGCCCAGACCUGCACAGUCCCACCUUCACACGCCCCCACCCCGCUGCGUUCCCAGGAAAGGAGCUGGAGGCAUUAAUUAGGUUAUUCCAGCAAUUACCGGCUUCAGAUCUCGGGUUCCAGGAACAAGGAAGGGACCCGUCUAUGGAGCCCAAACGAAACCAUCCGCUGUUCGGGGGAGCCUUCUCCAUCACCCUUCCCCCAGGGGCUCUGGACGUGAGUGAUUUCCGGCCGGUACCGGACAACCAGGAAGUUUUCUGCCACCGCGGGACGGAGCAGAGUCUCAUCGUGGAACUCCUGGAGCUGCAAGCGCACGUGCAAGGAGAAGCAGCAGCGCGGUACCACUUCGAGGCUCUGGGAGGGGUGCAAGGGACAGGGGCCGAGCAAGUAGAGGCUGUGGAGCCCCUGGCCUCCCACACUCUGUCCCUUCGGGGCUGCCGGGAUGCCUGGGUCCUCUGCGGUCGGCAGCGUAUGGCAAAGGAGAAUGAGGCGGCGAAUGAAAAGGAUGUGAUCUUACACCUCGCACUGUUCCGAUUGCCCCAAUAUGGGACUGAUCUCCUGCUGACCUUCAACGAGCCUCUCUCUGGGAGUAGGCCACCCGAAGGCCACGAAGCCCAGUACCUCCCACCCUGGACCCUGGUUGACUUUGAAAGGCUAGUGACCUCCCUGACUCUUCUUGACCCCAGCAUUUUUGGCCCCCGGGAAAGAUCCUGAGCCUGCCGUCUGCUGCUGGUGUCUGACUGUCUGGUUUACCCAACAGAAGCAAGGGAUUGAUGGUGGGGGUUUUCCCCAUAUCCUGCUCCACAGACAGACAUAGGGCACCACCUUUGCAGAAAUAAACUUGCUUUAUACCAA